CUGCUUCCCACCGGUGACAUCCCUCCGAAGAGGAUCGCUCGGACACUUUGAGUGCGCAAGAGAGGAAAGAUUGCAAGACCCCCCUCCCCCCCUUCCCCCUCCCCACCAAAAAAGGGGGGAGAAAGAAAAAAAGCGGGGAGAAAAAAGCUUGUGGAUCUCAGUGGGAAGCAUCCGUGCAGGUAGCUCCACUGCUGUGUUCAUCCCUUCCCCCCAGCCUUAGCCAAAAGAAAGAAAGAAGGCAACUAUCACAGGGUUACUAUGCAAUUGCGACUGAUCUAUUGGUUCCUGAUCACUUUGAACUUUAUGGAAUACAUUGGCAGCCAGCACGCCUCCAGGGUACGGCGACAGGGAAGAAUGCAUCCUAAUGUGAGCCAGGGUUGCCAAGGUGGGUGUGCAACAUGUUCUGACUACAAUGGAUGCUUGUCAUGUAAACCCAGACUCUUUUUUGUUCUGGAGAGGAUCGGCAUGAAACAGAUUGGGGUGUGCCUUUCUUCAUGUCCAAGUGGAUACUACGGAACACGGUAUCCUGACAUAAAUAAGUGUACAAAAUGUAAAGCUGAUUGUGAAACCUGCUUCACCAGAAAUUUCUGCACAAAGUGCAAAAGUGGGUUUUACUUAUACAGUGGAAAGUGCCUUGAAAAUUGCCCUGAAGGGCUGGAAACCAACAAUCACACGAUGGAGUGCACCAGUAUCGUGCACUGUGAAGCUAGUGAGUGGAGCCCGUGGAGCCCUUGCACAAAGAAAGGAAAAACGUGUGGUUUCAAAAGAGGAAAUGAAGUGAGGGUCAGAGAAAUCGUACAGCAGCCUUCAGCAAGGGGCAAUCCAUGCCCCACUACAAGCGAAAGCAGAAAAUGUAUUGUACAGAGAAAAAGAUGUCAGAAGGAAGGAAAAGGGAAAAAAAAUAGAGAGGAGAAAAGGAGAAAGCCUAACGAAGAAAGCAAGGAAACAAGGCAAGAAAACAAAGGUCGCGCAUCCCGAAGACAAAACCAAGAACAGCGGGAAAACAAAAACAAAAUGCAGCCGAAGAAAAGAAAAGGCCAAAAUAAAGAACAGAAACCAGAACCUAUUGGCACUGCACACUAACAGCCUUACAAAAUUGUUUUAGACUUAUGAUGCUGCUAUCUCAACCAGAUCCCCGUGACAGGUGCUUGACCCAUCAAAACUCUACAUGGACAAUGCCAUCAGUUAUUAAAUCUUAAGCAACAUUCCAGAUAGUUCCUAUAUUCUCCGUGCAACUAUAGUUUAUUAAAGAGAACUGUCAUGAGCCAAGAAUUGUUAAAAGAAAUCUAAAAAUGGGAUACUUUAAAACCAUUAUAUUAUAUGCUUCCAUGCAUCUGUAAAGGCAACUAAGAAUUUUUGUAUAUAUUAAUAAUAGGGUAUAAAAUAUAGCAAUAUAAUAAUGAAUGGCAUCCAGAUGAACAAUCUUUUUUUCCUUUGUAAAAUAUUUUUCAAGCUAUUGUUUAAGUACGAGGCAAGAGAUAUGUCUAAGUCAAAGACACAAUAUCCCUUCAUAUAUUGUAUAUAAAUAUUAAGAGAGGGAGGACAACAUUUCUCAAGAGCCAGUAGGAAAUUAAGGUUUUGUACCCUGUGUUGGAACAGGAUUGAAUUACUCUUUGGUUCCAAUCUCAUGUGGGAAGCAUCAGAGUGAAUAGCAGCUGAACUCUGAAAGGUAAUGAGGAAAAAGAAGUGGAAGGAAUUGCAAUGUUGGAGACUGAAUCCCUAAAGGAGAAUUGAUGGCGCUUUGCUUGUAUAGCGCUCUUAUCUAUGGAACAACACAACAUUUUCUGGUCUAAACAGUGGUACAGUGUGUGCUGUUCUAUGCUUUUUAUAACUAUGUGUAACUUAAAUCUACAUUUCAAAUCUGGUGAAUGACAAAUCAUAUUUGUAGGAAACAAUGCUGAGUUAAUAAUAAAGACAACAUAGGCCGUGGAAAGAUGUUUUUCACACUCAAGGGUGAUUUUUUAGGUGGGAAAAAAUUACUGCUUUGUGAUUGGCAUUACAUCAUAGAAAAGGAUACUACUUUAACAGUCUGUAUCUAGUGAAAGACAAGCUAGUACAAUAAAUAUAU